AUGCAAGCAGCAUCUCGUCGCCUCUGCGCAAUAUCGACAUCUCCAUUUCGGUCGAAUCGUCUGGUCUUACCUUCUUUGAUAACCAAUCAACAAUCUUCUGUUAGAAAUAUUCUACAGCCUUCAAAAACUUGGCGCACAAUGGCAACCUCUUCUCCAUCCCAGAACGAAUGGCUCGUCAUUCUUCCCGAUAAGCCAGGCGCCGUUGAGCGUAGGCUUGCAAUUCGCGGAGAACAUCUUAAAGUCGCGAAUGAACGUGCCGCCAAUGGUCUCAUCAACUUUGGUGGGGUAAUGUUACACGAACACAUCAAAGAAGGAGAAACCCCAAAGUUCAAGGGAUCUAUCAUGUUGUUCUCUGUCGAAACUAAAGAAGAGAUCUGGGAGAUGAUCAAGAGUGAUAAGUAUGUUGAGAAUGAUGUUUGGGACCUGGAGAAGGUUGAAAUUAUUCCCUUCAAAACUGCACUUCGAAGGGCCUUGUAA